AUGCAAUCUGUAUAAGCACCUGAAUAGAAAGAACCCAAGUUCCAAAUUUGUCAAAUUACCAGAUGCCCCUCAAGUGAAGAUAGAAGUGAUCAUCAUAUCACUCCUGAUGAGACCAAAUCAUAUAGGUAAAAAGAAGUGUUUAAUUAAUUAAUUAAUAUAGACGUGUGUAAUAGAAGGUAGAAGUAGUACAAGAAGAGCAGGAGGUAUUUGAGAGAUAGGAGGAUCUCUUACAAAUUUUACCUAAUGCUAAUUAGAUUAUAAUUGAUGAUGAUGACUCAUCAUCAAUAUUCAAGAAACUCUUAGAUAUGCUCAAGAAGGAGUAAAUUAAAGAUUGUGUGGCAUAUCUCUAAUCACUUAAGAAUUCAGAUAAAAAGGAAAAGGAGCAAAUUAAGAAGAUAUUAAAUAUUCCGAGAGAUUAAAAAGGAUCUGAUGAAUAAGAUAUAAGGUGAU